ACCCUAACUUAUUAGCUUGAAUUCAUUGAUUUCUUAAGUAAAAUUACAAUAUUAACCCUAACUUAUUAGCUGAAAUGACAAUUUUGCCCCUAUAAAAUUAACAUGGACAAAACGACGCCGUAUUACCGACCCAACUCCAUCAUCAUCUUCACAUUCAAACAACACUAAAAAACUAUUCAAUUUCCCCAGAAUUCAAAAACCCCAUCUUCCCCCCUUUUUCUCUCUCCUCUUCAAGAAUACAAAACCAAAAGGCAAAUUCAAAGCUUCAACAAUGGCGGAAACCCUAACUCCAAAUCCACCAUUACAAAAACGAAGAGCUUCAAUUUCUACUCGCUUACAAUCUCCGAAAAGCCCCUUCUUCUUAGGAUCCAACGACGACAAACUUGAACGCGCUCAAGCACGUGCCGCACGCGCCGCCGCUGUUCGCCGUAAAGUCGCCGAAGAUGCUCUUCUCUCUCCUCCUUCUUCUCCUCCCUCGAAUUCUUGCCUUGAUGGUGAUCAAAUUAUGGAGUUGUUUCGUAAUUGCAUCAAGCUCGCCAGUGAAAAUAAAAUCAAUCAGAAGAAUACCUGGGAACUGAAGCUUAUCGAUCAUCUCAGUGAGAUUAUCAAAGUUGAAGAUGAGGAUGAUGCUGAGACCAACUUUCAAAAAGCAAGUUGCACACUGGAAGCUGGGGUGAAGAUAUACGCACUGAGGGUAGAUUCUGUACAUUCCGAAGCAUAUAAAGUCCUUGGUGGAAUCAGUAGAGCUGGUCUUGAAGAUCAACAAGAAACUUUAGCAGGAGACAGUGAAAGCAAUGAGCAAGAUGUUGAUCAGCCCAAAAAGGAGUCAGAGAAGAAGUUAUCACCUCUGUCAACACUGGAAUCAUCUUUUGAGGCUUUGAAUGUCAAGAAGCUUGAUGUUUCUUUUGCUGUGGACCCUCUGUAUCACCAGACAACUGCGCAAUUUGAUGAGGGUGGGGCAAAGGGUCUUCUUCUAAACAACCUUGGAAUUUAUGGAGGGUGCCGAGUACUUUUUGACUCACAAGAAGUCCCAGCAAAGUGCAUUUCUUCUACUAAUGAUACUAAUUCUUCCAAUCUUAUUGACAUCUCUUUUGUUGGCGAUUGCAUUGACCAGAUGGUGACAAACAUGAACACAAAGAAAGAUAUAUGCCCUACUUUUAAUGCGAUAGCGGAGCAGCUUGAUGAUAAUAGUUUGCAACAAAGGCAAUACCAGAGUAGUCAGGACUCUGUAUGUGAUGUUGAUGCAACUGAUGAUGUCACAGUUGAGUUGAAUGGGGGUUCAGAGUUUACGAGCGUUACUGAAGUAGAUGAUGAUAAAGGCUGUGAGCUAGAUGACGGUUCAUAUGAUCAUGCUGAGGCAUGCCCAUUUGAUAAUAAUGAUGAUGCAUACAAUGCUGAUGAAUGUUUUGACAUCAGUGAUCAGCACUUGAAUAAUCAGUAUGAGGAACAAGAAGCUUCUAUGUCUACCGAAUUUGAUGAUUAUGACAGAUUUGACAAUGUUGCUUCCCUUCUUUUGGGGGUUUCUGGAAUUACAUCAACUCAAAAUGCAUGGGCUGGACCUGACCAUUGGAAGUACCGAAAGUCUAAAACUGCAGGUACGGAGAGUGUUACUGCUCAAGACAGUGAAUUGGUUGCUGCAGCCAAGAGGCAGAAAACAAAAAAAGCUUCAGAAGCAGAUAUCAAUUUGACAAAAACUUUGGAUGAAGACUUGCCCGAUAUUUUUGCACCUCCCAAAAAUCCCAAAUCUUUACUGCUUCCUGCCAAAAAAGUGCCUUGCUCCAACAAACUUCCAGAGGAUUGUCAUUACCAUCCUGAGAAUCUUGUGAAAUUGUUUCUUCUUCCAAAUGUGAUGUGCCUUGGGAAGAGAAGACGAAGAAGAGUGACAGAUAAUGAGUCCUGGGAAGAAGGAGGUGGUUUUAGUGGAGCGUUUGCUGCAUGGGACAAUGAAAGUGCUUAUAGUGGCCCAGAUAAUGAUGCUCAUAGUGACAUAGAGGAACAAGAUAUACUGAUCUCCCAACCUCGCCAGGUUAACAAAAUCGAAGUUCAGUAUGAUAAAACAGCAAAGCAAGUUGAUGUACAUUUGCUGAAGGAGACACUUUGGGAUCACAUAGGUGGGUUUGUUCAAGCACCUGAAACGAAUGAUCAUGAAGAGGCCAUAUCAUUCAACCAAGUAUUGGCCACCUUCCCUGAUGAUUGUGGUGCAGCAGCAGCCCGUGACAUAUCCCCUCAUCUAUGUUUUAUCUGCCUUCUGCAUCUGGCCAAUGAGCACGGGUUGAGGAUCGAAGGCUGCACAAAUAUGGAUGACCUAAGUAUACAUCUUCCUGUCUCUUCCUAGGACACAGGUUGUAGCUGAUGUUGCUGAAAUCAAAGCAUACAUUAUGAAGACGUUGGUGUUUUAACAUUUCAGACCUUGUACUUAUUAACCAGUGUGAUAAUUUUAUUUGUACUGUGUAUAGCCGUGCCACAAACAGGCAUCGCUAUAGUCACUGGCAGACAUUAUAAUUAUAGCAGCAGAUGAAUUCCGGUUGUGGUGUCUUUGGUAUAUCAGUUUCUGCUUGAAACAAGUGCAAGAUUUGAUCUCAGCAGCCACGGCCAGAUGUAGUAAACCUGUGGUGUGAAUCUAAUGAGGUAUAGUGACAUUGUAAUUCUUUUGACUGUUGGUGUUGUGACCUAGCUCAAAGCCUGCAAAUGGUGGUGUAUUAUGUAUCUGUAGACUGUAGAUAGCUGAAACAUCAGCGAUUUUCUUUGUAUGUUCAUAUUACAGCAAUGUGUGCGUUUGGAAAAGGGAAUAAUGGGUGUAAUGAUAAAAUUCUGUUCUGCUUCUGCAAAAUGUACUCUAGUCUUAUAUUCAACAUACGCUACCUCUGCUUUACAUUGUGUACUAUACUUGAUUAAU